GAGCGUGCAAGAUGGCCUCCGACGGGCCAGGUGACAUUUGUGCCAGUAGAAUGUUUUAAUGUCAUGUAAUUAAAGAAUGGAGGUUAAUUUCCUCCAGACAUGGAUGAAUUAGGGCAACAUCCAUGCAUACGUGUGAAACGAAAGUAUGUUAGGACGAUAUAUCAGUAUUCCGAUAAAAUCCACGAAUUGUUCGCGGUACGCCUGUGUGAAAGAAAUCAAAAAAAGCAAGACGUGUCAAAAACUGGUGGAUGGGUGCUGCUUGGAAUCGAACCAAGUAAGGGCGGCGAACAUCCGGUGCUUAAGGAAACAGCAGCGAAAGUCCAGAGCUAUGUUGACUCGGUGUGCGGCGUGGCGAGCGGCGAGUCGUGCGACGACUCGAGCUACGACUCCGACUUCGAGGCGGAGGAGGGCCCGGCGGUCGGCGCUCCGCCGCAGGCCCAGCCGGCGUCCGCGGGCGGCGCCGGCCACGGCCAGCACCACGACGUGAGCCGCACCGUCUCCGACACGCUGGGCGCCGAAUUCGCCGAAUACGUGUCGUGCGAGCAGCCGGCGGCGGCGCAGGCGCAGCACGACCCGGGCUACACGGCGCGCGUCGAGUUCGGCGUCAAGCUGGGCUACUCGGAGCGGCUGGUGCAGGCGGCGCUUCUCAAGCUGGGCCCGGCGCCCGCGCAGAACGAGCUGCUGGCCGAGCUGGUGCGCCUGGGCGCGCAGCACCAACACCAGCAACAGCAGCAGCUGCGCCAGGACCCCGCGCUGGCGCUCGCGACCGAAGACGCCAGCCUCGCGGUCGCCUGUCCGGGGGCGGCGGUGUGCGGCGGCGCGGGGGCGGCAGGCGCCGCAGACCCCGCCGACGACCUGCCGCUGCCGGCCACCACCGCCCCCGCCGCGCAGCCGCAGGUGCCGCUGCGACCCAUCGUCAUCGACGGCAGCAACGUCGCCAUGAGCCAUGGUAACAAGGAAGUAUUUUCUUGCCGAGGAAUAAAGAUUUGUGUGGACUGGUUCAGAGCAAGAGGGCACAAAGAUAUAACAGUAUUUGUUCCAAAAUGGCGUAAAGAAGCAGCACGCCCAGAUAAUCCAGUUACAGAUCAAGAAAUCCUCACGGAGCUAGAAAGAGAUCGUUGCCUCGUUUUCACACCUUCGAGAUUGGUUGGAGGCAAACGAUUGAUAUGCUAUGACGAUCGUUACAUCUUGAAGUUGGCAUCUGCAGUUGAUGGAAUUGUUGUUUCUAAUGAUAAUUACAGAGAUCUGGUACAAGAGAGCCCAGAGUACCGAAAAGUUGUUGCAGAGCGAAUUCUCAUGUAUUCUUUUGUGAACGACAGAUUCAUGCCACCUGAUGACCCACUGGGACGUUCUGGUCCAACAUUGGAUGCUUUUCUUCGUAUGCAGCAACGUGGUGACCCUCCUCCACCAUGUCCAUAUGGUAAAAAGUGCACUUAUGGAAACAAGUGCAAAUUCCAUCACCCAGAGCGUGGCCCACUUCCACAUAAAUCAGUCACCGAGCGACUUGUCGAAAAUGCUCAGCGGCAAUUGCAGGCACGGGGAAUGGAGAGUCGUGACUGCAGUCCUGGCACACAACUCAAAGGUAAAUCUGUAAGCCUUCCUUUGCCAGAGCAUUCUGAUGCUUUGGCAACACAGCCUCGAAAGAUUCCUCUGGCACGAACUAAAUCUACUGCUCCAACGCCUAUUGUUCCUGUCUCUCUCACAGAGCAGUCAGCAAAAUCAGGUAAUGGAUGCAGCGUUCCAAAAAGUCGCAGUGUGGAAAAUGUCGCAGCACAACAGCACCAGACUCCUGAAGUUGGGUAUGCCACAUACCAACAAAUGUCUGGACCUCCACCUACUCCCUAUGGCACAUGGGGCAACACGUGGAGCACUCAUGGGCAGCAGUUCCCUGCACCGCCACAGAGGUUGGCACCUGAGCCUGCAGAGAGCCCCCCUCCUGCACAGGAAGCUGUGGGAUCAGGUGUCAAUCUUCACCGGAAGCUCCAGAGGCAGUUGACGCUGAACCCUGCAUACGAUGCAAGACUUUUCCAACUGCGAGGACAUGCUUACGGAAGUGGCAGUAGUGGACCUUCGUCACAAGCACCACAACAGCAUCGACCGUUGGCAGCACGCCACAGUGCGGGUGGUGGAGUGCAGCCACAGUCGUCACAGUCACCGUCGCCAUCCUGGCACCAGAGUGUGACACGCAUUGCAUCUGCGCCAGACACUUGCCGCCACUGGAACACGCCCGUUCCACCCCCUUCGGGUCCGGGGCCCCGACACGUGCAUCGCCUCAGUUCGACUUCUGAUCCUCAGCUGAAUUUGAGUGAUGCCCCUCUGCCUGUACCCUCAAAUCUACCUGUGUGGCUCCCACCUGCACCAGUGCCAUCUGUCGUUUGGCCACCUCCACAACACAUGCCACCACCACACCAGCAGUUCUCUUCCUCCGGUACGGAGGAUGCCAGGCGCCGGUUACAUUACCAUCUGGCAUCAAUAUUCCCUGAGGAACAGGUCCAGAAAGCUAUGCAGUUGUAUCCAGAUGAAACAAAUCCACAAAAGAUAUGUGCUGCAAUACUGUCUAUGUUUCCAAAACCGUAGAAGUUUGGAGGUCAUUUCAUUCAUUCGUUCAUUCCCUGUGUGAUGUUUUAAGUGUUAGAUUCAGUAUAUGUGUACUGGAUUGACAGUUUUAUUUGGCUAACUACUGCUGUUCAGAUUAAAUCACAAGUUUCAUGCAUGAACUCCAAGGCAGAAUUUUGAACAUUCUGUGACUGUUUGCAGGUGAGACUAAGUACUGCUUUUUUAAAGAUGAAAGAUGUCACUGUACAUUAGUACUUUUGCCAUACAUUCAGUCCAUUAUUGCUUCAACAAUAUUUUAAAAGUCUGGUUUUAAUAAUUAAUGUGUGUUUUGACACUUACUUUGGUAAAAAUUGACAAUGCAUUACAGACAAAUUGGUGGCUAGUGACCUAGGUGGAUGUAGUGCAAAUACAUUAGCAGUAAUACGAGAACUGUCGUAUUGAAACACAAAAGCAUUAUGUCAACUAGUGCAACACCUAGCUGAUGAGUAGUGCAGUGAAAUUAAUUUUCAGUGACAACUGAAUUUUUAUUUUAAUUAAGUUAUUGAAAUGACUACAGUUAUGUGUGUUUUAAACCCGAGGUGGAAUUGGAGAAGCGAAUAACUGUAAACAGUCACCAACAGUGUCGUUGAAGAUCAUUGUUGGGUGGAUCUUGUGUAACUAACAUUAAUAGCAAGUAUUUAACAUGAUUUGAUAUGUAGAGAACAUGAUUUGGAAAGUAGCGCUUUGUCCUAGGUCAUUUGCUAGCUUUUUGUCUCUGAGAGAACAAGCUGAAGCAGUUUAGUUGUGACACAACUGUGAAAUCUGAGGAAGGAGCAUAUGGUUAUACUGACAGAUUGUCAGAACAUUUGGAGACAAAACAUCUUUUUCAACUUUACUUUGUACUACUAUCUGUUUUGCUGUAUUAUAAGAAUCAUUAAUGUUUUACAUCUGAAGUGGAAAAUGGUUUGAUCCAUGUGAAAGACAUAGUUUCUUCUUUUUGUCUUUGUAGUAAAUGUAAACUGUAUAUUCCUUCAGUUAAAGAAGGGAUUAUUUUGAUGCAAAAUACUCACUUUUGUGAAAUAAUGAGAUAUAUUGUCGUAUCUUAUUCCUGACCUUGUUAUUUAAGGUCUGUUAACAAGUUCUUUUUUUAAGAAAAGAAAUAAAACAUAAUAAUAGUGUGAAA